CCGACGCACACCGAUGACGUCGCAGAGCGGCGCGACGGCACCACCCUGGGGGAGAGGGAGCUGCUGCGAGCGGCGCGGCGAGAGGGGCUCGGCCCGGCCCGGCCCCGCCCUGCAUGGGCUCCGGCCGGGACUGGGAUGGCCAGGAGCGCCCCGGGAGCGCAGGAAACAGAUUGGUCAGCGUGUUCAUUUGAUGACUUCUUGGGAAACACAGAUAUUUCUUCUAGUUCUCUUCCUGUGAGGUCUCUCAAAGGCAACUGUGGAAGAAACCGGCAGCAGCAUCAGAACAACCUGUCUUCUGUGCCAGAAAGUAACAAACCCAAAGGUUUGCCCAGAAAAAAAGCCAAGUCAACUUCAUUAGAUCCGCCUUGUAGCAAGUCCAGACAAACCUGGAGCCAGUCUCAGAAUGAGCCAUGGAUAGACAGAUACAAACCUGAAACUCAGAAUGACCUUGCUGUGCAAAAGAAGAAAAUUCAAGAAGUUGAAACCUGGUUGAAAACGCAUAUAUUUCAGAGGCAACCAAAGCAGGGUGGCUCUGUUUUACUGCUGACUGGUCCUCCUGGUUGUGGAAAGACUGCAACUAUACAAAUAUUAGCAAAAGAUCUUGGCGUUCAGGUGCAAGAAUGGACCAAUCCAAUAUCUUUAGACUUUACAAAAGAAGAUAUAAGAAAUAUGUUUGACCAUGACCCGAGUUUUCAUACGUUUCCGAGUCAGGCCCAAGCAGCUCUCUUUCAAGAUUUUCUGUUAAGAGCAAAUAAGUAUAACAAACUUCAGAUGCUUGGGGAUCCCUCAGAAAAUGAUAAAAAAUUCAUUACUUUUGAAUAGGACAUACCUAACCUAUUCUAUCGGGACCCUGGCAGUCUACAUGAAAUUCUCAGGAGAUUUGUUCGUACAAGUAGAUGCCCCCUUAUAUUUAUAAUCUCGGAUAACUUCAGUGGAGAUGGCAACCAGAGGUUACUGUUCCCAGUGGAAAUUAUACAGGAGUUGUGUAUAUCCAAUAUUAGUUUCAAGCCUAUUGCACCAACAAAUAUGAUGAAAGUUCUUAAUCGCAUAGCUACAACAGAAGCUAAUAUGAACAGAGAAAAGAAUUAUGCUCUUGAUAGAACUUCUUUGGAGUUACUUUGCAGAGGUUGUUCAGGGGAUAUAAGAAGUGCAAUAAACAGUCUUCAGUUUUCUUCUAUGAAAGACUGCCAAUUGGAGAAGGAGUUUUGGUCAAGGAAGAAAAGUAGCUCCGCACUAAAAUGUGGAGCAGCAGCAGUAUCUACAGUAAGGAAGAAAAAUAAAACUGAUAGUUCAGAAGACCAGGAGAUGCAAGCUAUCGGUGGCAAAGAUGCUUCUAUCUUUCUUUUCCAUGCUCUGGGAAAAAUAAUUUACUGCAAAAGAGAACCAGUGUCAGAAUCAGAAUUUCCUCCGCUGCCUGCUCACUUAUCAGCAUAUCGUCGAGACACCUUGCUUAUUCAGCCUGAGGAUAUUGUGGAAAAAUCGCAUAUGUCUGGAAGCAUGUUUAAUUUAUACCUUCACCAGAACUACGUAGACUUUUUUUCUGAUAUAGAUGAUGUUGUGAGAGCCAGUGAAUAUUUGAGCACCGCUGAUGUCUUAUGUAGUAACUGGAGUACACGUCUUGUGAUGGAAAAAUACAGUGCAUCUGUGGCUACCCGAGGGGUGAUACAUUCAAAUACAUCCAGAGGCUUUGCCCACCACCAAGGAGGGAUGGGAUUCCGGCCUUUACAUAAACCCCAGUGGUUCUUUAUCAAUAAAAAGUAUCAAGAAAACUGCCUUGCUGCAAAAUUUCUCUUUUCGAGCUUCUGUUUACCACCCGAGUGUCUUCAGACAGAGCUAUUGCCUUAUCUUGCUAUGUUAGCAAAUCCAAUGAGAAACCAAGCUCAGAUUGCUUUUAUCCAAGACGUUGGAAGGCUACCACUGAAAAGACAUUUUGGGAGGUUAAAGCUUGAAACACUUACUGACAAAGAUCCUGGGAUACCAGACUUAUUUCUUAACUCUGAGGAGGACCAUGGUGAUGUGCAUGCUAUGGAGAAAACCAGAACGAAUGAGAAUGAAUUGGAUGGAUUCCCACUGUCUUCUAGCCAGUGCAGUGGGAGUGAACUGCCUUGCAGUCAGCCUCAGCCUGUUGCAGCUCAAGCAGUCAUGGAGGAAGAUGAAUUAAAAAUAGAGGAGUAUGAUAGUGACUGAGUACAACACAAUAUCAACCACUGAGCUGUCUGAGUAAAUUAAUAUGCUAUAAAGGUCUUUGCUGAAAAGGAUGUGGUCUGCGCAAAAGUGCUGCUUUAGCUACUUAGGUGGGUUAGGUGGCCAACUCUAAACAUUUUGCAUCAGCGUCAAGACAGAUUUCUUCAGCAUCCUCUUAACUUUGCAAGGUCAGACCUCAGCUGAAUACUAACUUAGAAGCUACUCUCUGCCUCUCCUGAGCCACAAAAUAAUCUAUAUUGAUAAAAAGGGGAUAAUAAAUAAUGACUGAAACUAGUUUGAAAGAGACUCUAAAUAAAGUGUCACUCUUAAGUUAUUUUUAUGUUUUACUCAAUUUACUUUGCAAUUGUACAGUCUGUUUCCUGAGUGUUCAAAUGAUAAAUUGUCAGCAUUUGAAGGUUUUAUGAAAAUUAAUACCUUCGGAAAAAUAGCUGUUUGAAAGCUUGGCCCUUCUGAAAGAAGAGACUGAAGAGUACACAUAAAAAGUUUGAUAUCCUAUAUUGAUGAUGUAAAUAAAACUCCUACUGUAUUAAUACUAUCUUAUGGUCCGCCACAGAUUUUUAUGUAUUUUUAAGUUGAACAUUGUUGUACAACAGACUAUUUUGGUUUUCUUUUGGAAAGAUAUUUUCAUAAUUUAUGGAGGGGGAAAUAUAACAAUUAAGCAUACAUAGUUCUUGUCCUUUGUAUUCUGUAGGAGGUUAGUGAGUUUUUCUCCUUAAAUUGCAGUUCUGAUGGGGGAAGAAUACUGGUGUGUGGUUGUCUGAAUAGACUGUUUAAUAUUAGUUUCAGCGUUGAUCUGGUUUCGGUUCAUGCAAAUCAACCUAACAACUUGCUGGGGUUAGUGGUACCACAGGGGUAAGGAAAACAUAAAACCAAACAGCUUUGAAAGUGUAAUGUAUGUUUGCAUUUCCGUGUUGCUUACAUCCAAAAUUUAGUAGAAGAAAACAUGUGCUUAUUUACCACAAGGUUGGAAUUAAUGCUGCUGUUAAUUCUUUCCUUUCUCAAGGGGACAGGACUAAGUCUUCCUCUUUAUAGCUAUUGUUUAGUUUUGAAGAGGGGAGUUUCUCCAUUAAUUCUUAAAUUCUGUGACAGCUGUACUUAUUAGAGCAAAAUCAAAGUGUUUGUGGCUCUCAAUGCGGCUUAACACCUUUCCUCCUCUCUAGGGUGCUUUGGACGGGUACCCCCUUAUCAGCAGAAUUGAUAGCUCACUUUGCUUGGAUCUCCCACAGUUGCGCAUCACUGAAAUGCUGUCUGACUCCUCCUUUACUCCUGAGGGGGGACCUCUAGUGCAAAUGGCAAUAGGGCAUGAAAUACUAAAUUUUACUUUCCAAGCAGAACUCCAAGCUGCUUCUUCACAUCUUUUCAGUUUUUCUUACACUAGUGUCAGGUAAUAAUAGUAAUAACAGUGUUACUUUCACAUCAACUACUUUGCAUUACUCUUGCCCUUACUAGGGCCGUAUUCAAUACUCACACGAUUAAUUAUAAAUUCUAAUAGUAGAAACAUCACUGUCAACUAUAAUGUUCAUAGUAAUUUGUUUAAACCCCUUUCAUGUGAAAACGCCACCAAAAAAUAUGCAUUGUUCUCUUAAGCUCCAUUGUCUAUGCUCUUGCCUUUGCAUUGCAGGGGCAUGCAACAUGUGAACAGGAUGGAAGUAGCAAAUUACUGAAGUGCUAGUGAGCACCAUAUUAAAGCCGGUGCCAAAUUAACAUUAAGUCAAUCCCCAGGUAAGCCAAAAGGAAGCGCUUACAGCUGUUAAGCUUGUGUGGCUGCAAGCAGACACAAGAAUGCAUGGCUACUACAGCCCACCCUAUUACUCUAAGGAGGGAAAGAGCCUGUUUUGCUUCCCUCAGCAAUGUUAUCUCAAUUAUAAGGUGGGGGAAAGAAGAGAGCUGCCCUUCAGAUAGGAAUGGCAGGAGUGAUUUAGGAGCAUUCAAAGAAGGAAAGAUGAAAUAUAUAGUUUUGGAAAAAACCAACAUUUUUACCUGAAAAUGGGAAAGGAACCUGCAUACAUUUUGCUACUUUCCAUUUUACUACUGGUGAAAAGGGGUCAGUGGUCUUCUGCGCUUAAAUAGGAGAUUAAUUUCUUUAAAGCCGUAAGACUCCGAUUUUUAUGUUUGAAAUUACUGGAUCCUUCUGGUGCAGGAUCCAUGUUAACAAGAGAGUCAAGUAACAUUAAAGUGAUGUAUUGAAUAAUUUUUGUCAGAAACACUUGUUGGUCCAGUUCGUGUCGGUUGUCAUUAAUGUGAGUCGAACUAGACCCAUGGUAGAUGUUGUAACUUUCUCUCUAAAACGUUACAGCUCAGUAUUUAGCUGCACAUAUUUAUGCAUGAUUUUGUGCUCAUUUACUACUGUGUUUUUUUUACUGUGCUGUGGGAAAUGAAAGUUGUGUCAGGAGGAGAAGACAUCACAGAAUCACCAGGUUGGAAAGGACCCACUGGAUCAUCGAGUCCAACCAUUCCUAACACUCCCUAAACCAUGUCCCUAAGCACUUCAUCCACCCGUUCCUUAAACACCUCCAGGGAAGGCGACUCGACCACCUCCCUGGGCAGCCUGUUCCAGUGCCCAAUGACUCUUUCUGUGAGAAUUUUUUUCUGAUAUCCAACCUGAACCUCCCCUGGCGGAGCUUCAGGCCAUUCCCUCUUUUCCUGUCCCCUGUCACUUGGGAGAAGAGGCCAGCUCCCUCCUCUCCACAACCUCCUUUUAGGUAGUUGUAGAGAGUAAUAAGGUCUCCAACAUACCUUAUCCUACCUGUGAGUUCAAAUAUUCUUGGGCCUGCACCUCUUUAGGAAUGUAUUCAUGCAAAAUACUUACACUUUGUAACCAGAGGUUAAUGAGUCAGGAAGAGGAGAAUGAAGUUAUGCCUACCUUUCUUGUGUAAAUAUGCAACACUGUUGAAGCAGCUUUUUAAAGCAUGUGGCAUUUUUCGGUCUUAGUUCUGUCAUGUUUAUUCAACCCUCACUCCAAAGGAAUCUCACCGAUUUGUAACAGACACAGUUCGGCUCACAUUUACUGUCAUGGAAGAGUUCAUUUCAGGGCUGAUGUGCAACAAUUUAAGCAUUAUAGUGUUUUUUCUCUUCUGCUCCUAGAAGCACACUAAAAUGCAGGUUAACACUGAAAAUUGUCUUUGAGCAAAAUGGCCUGCUCUGACUCAUGUGAGAUUUCCUGUGCACAUGCAGACUCACAUCUGUUGUCUUUGCUGACUGAAAUCAAUCACAAACAACUCAGCAGCACCAGCUCACCUACAGGAUUAUGAGCUGGGUUUUGCCUUUGGUUUAGUGGGUUAGUUGGUUGUUUUCAGACUGUUCUGCUGUUUAUUCAUUGACGUUAGGCACACCUGCAAGAUCUGUAUGUAUUACAAGCACUGACAUGCACAGUGGUCAUGGUAUCACCUCCUUUUCCUACCCCUAAUUUGCUGUACCUUUCCCCUUCUUCCUGCUCUCUUUUUAGAAUUCUCAGCCUCCAGGCUGCCUCGCUGCACUGGCACACAAUGCUGUUGAUAAGGCCAUCGAUCAGCUCUUCUGUGUGUGGCUGGAGGAUGACCUGCAGUGUCUAGACUAUGACCUCCUUGUCUGGACAGAGAGGUCAUGCAGGAUGGUACUUUCUACAUUCCUUGCCAUCCACCACUGGGCCCCAUACAUUGCCACCCACUCCUGGCAUAGUUGGGGCAGCAUGGGAUUGAGGAGGUGCUGGUAUCUUUGGAAAAGUUCUGCCCAGACCUCAAACAGGAGGCUGCCUACGGAUGCUGGCCGCAGAGCCCUCUCCUCAGGUGGGGACAGUCUCUGCCUGCCCACAGCCGCCCUGUGAGCUGCUGGGGAAUGGGAGCCUGGCCUCCACCGAGAUGAGCUGACCUGGGGGUUGUGAUUGACAGGCUUAUAGUACAGACUGACAGAAGGAGUAGCAAAGUAGCUUUUGUUCUACAGACUGUAAUUAUUUCCCUCGAUGUUGCUGGAGCACUGCAGCAAGGAGGUAGUUGUUUGGCCCUGGAGCUUUGGUGACCCUUCGUUGAUCAUGGGACAUGGGAGACAGGA